AUGGCAAAUGACCAGGACCAGCCGCAGCUGGAAGUUCUUACCAUGCUUGAUGCCGCCAAAACACAAUUCUACCACUUCAGAGCGGUGGUCAUCUCCGGCAUGGGAUUCUUCACAGAUUCCUACGACCUUUUCUGCAUUUCCCUCGUCACCAAACUCCUCGGUCGAAUCUACUACACCGUCCCGGGGUCCCCUAAACCCGGCAGUCUCCCUCCUAACGUGGCCGCCGCCGUCAACGGAGUCGCCCUCUGCGGCACCCUCGCUGGCCAGCUAUUCUUCGGCUGGCUCGGCGAUAAGCUCGGCCGCAAAUGCGUCUAUGGCAUAACCCUAAUGCUCAUGGUGGGCUGCUCCCUCUUCUCCGGCCUCUCCUUCGGCAGCUCCCCCACCUCCGUCAUGGCCACCCUCUGCUUCUUCCGCUUCUGGCUCGGCUUCGGCAUCGGAGGCGACUACCCACUCUCCGCCACCAUCAUGGCGGAGUACUCCAACAAAAAGACCCGCGGCGCGUUUAUUGCCGCUGUCUUUGCCAUGCAAGGGUUUGGGAUUUUGGCCGGAGGAAUGGUGGCUAUCAUAGUUUCAACUAUCUUCCGUGCGCUUUAUCCCGCGCAACCGUACUCGGUGAACCCCACCGGGUCCAUCCCUGCUGAGGUCGACUACGUAUGGAGGAUCAUUCUCAUGUUCGGAGCUCUUCCGGCGGCGCUUACCUAUUACUGGCGAAGAAAAAUGCCGGAGACCCCUCGCUACACUGCCUUGGUGGCCAAGGAUGGAGCCAAAGCUUGUGAAGACAUGUCCAAAGUCCUAAACGUCGACAUAAAAGAGCAAAAAGUAGUGCAGAGCAAGGCGACGUCGUUUGGUCUGUUUUCCAAGGAGUUCAUGAGGCGACAUGGUUUACAUUUACUGGGAACAGCCGCUUGUUGGUUCUUGCUGGACAUUGCUUACUACAGCCAAAACCUUUUCCAGAAGGACAUUUUCAGCGCCGUGGGGUGGCUGCCCUCUGCAAAGUCCAUGAGUGCCCUUGAUGAGCUUUUCAAGAUCGCUAGGGCACAAACCCUAAUUGCUCUUUGCGGAACUGUCCCCGGCUAUUGGGUCACUGUGUUUCUGAUCGACCGCAUCGGACGAUUCCUUAUUCAGCUGAUUGGGUUCUUUUUCAUGACUGCUUUCAUGUUUGUUUUGGCAUUUGGGUACCAGCAUUGGAUUCAGCCGGAGAACAACAUUGGGUUUAUUGUGAUUUAUGGGCUGACAUUUUUCUUUGCCAAUUUCGGACCUAAUAGCACCACAUUUGUUGUGCCGGCCGAGAUUUUUCCAGCAAGGUUUCGGUCCACUUGUCAUGGGAUUUCGGCGGCUUUCGGCAAGGCAGGUGCGAUUGUUGGAGCUUUUGGGUUCUUGUAUGCGUCGCAGAAUCAAGACAAGGCUAAGACUGAUGCAGGGUUUCCGGCUGGAAUUGGAAUGAAGAAUUCUCUGUUGGUGCUUGCAGUGAUCAAUAUCAUAGGGUUGUUAUUUACGUUCUUGGUUCCUGAAUCCAAGGGAAAAUCCCUCGAGGAGAUGUCAAGGGAGAAUGAACAACAAGAACAAGUAGGUGAUCUUGAAAACCAAGUUAAGGCUAUUGUUUAG